AUGGCAUCACUAGAAAACGACCGUCGACCAAGAAUCGAUGGAUACGUUCAACCUCAGCUUACCAAGAAGCCGCCUUACUCGGUAGAGGCCUCAGGGUACCAAAAGAAAGAGGGCGAAACCAUUCCCAGACGACAUCCUCUGGCAAAGGACAAACUGAUUGUCCUGCCUUCAAAUGAUGUCAAGACCGUGUAUGACAAUCUCAAGCGAGCUGCUGCCAAGUUUGGAAAUGCCAAAGCCAUUGGGACCAGGAAGCUCCUCAAGACUCAUGUCGAGAACAAGAAGGUGAAGAAGAUGGUGGAUGGGCAAGAACAGGAGGUCGAUAAGAAAUGGACAUACUAUGAACUCAGUGGUUAUAGCUACAUGAGUUUCAUCGAAUAUGAGAAACUGGCGCAUGACAUUGGAUCUGGCCUGCGCAACUUGGGUGUCUCCAAAGAGAACAAGAUGCAUCUUUACGGAGCUACAAGUGCUCACUGGCUCGCCACGUCACACGCCGCCGCUUCUCAAUCUAUUCCCAUUGUCACGGCCUACGAUUCUCUGGGAGAGGAAGGUCUGAGACACUCCCUUGUCCAAACAGAGUCCGUCGCUAUAUUUUUGGAUCCCAACCUCAUCCCGGUAUUGAAUAAGGUCAUGAAGGAUGCUGUGAAUAUCAAGUCCGUCAUCUACAACACUGAACCAGAGGUUAAAGAAGCAGACCUUCAAAAGCUCAAGGCAGAUCAUCCCGACGUUAGGGUCAUCAGUUUUGAAGAGCUGAGGAAGUUGGGCGCCGAAAAGCCUUUUGACCCGGUACCUCCGUCGCCAGAGGAUUUGGCAUGCAUCAUGUACACUUCUGGGUCCACAGGCCCGCCAAAGGGUGUCACCAUCAAGCACAAGGCUGUCGUGGCUGCAAUGGCAGGUGUCCAAACUAUCGUCGCUCCGUACAUCGGACCCGCUGAUGCACUUCUCACCUAUCUGCCUCAAUCCCACAUUUUCGAGUACAUGUUCGAGAAUGUUUGCCUGUUCUGGGGCGGCACCAUGGGCUAUGGUAAUCCCAAGACUUUGUCGGAUACUUCGGUCCGCAACUGCAAAGGAGACAUCCGUGAAUUCCGUCCUACAAUUCUGAUCGGCGUUCCCGCGGUCUGGGAGAGUGUCAAGAAGGGCAUUUUGGCCAAGAUCAAUAGCAGCUCCUUUGUCGUCAAGAAUAUGUUUUGGGGGGCAUUCAACCUCAAACAGAUGCUCCUGGGAGCAGGUCUUCCAGGAUCUGGCAUUCUCGAUGCGAUCGUGUUCAAGAAGCUGAAGGAGGCCACUGGUGGGCGGCUUCGUAUCGCUUUCAACGGCGGUGGCCCUAUCUCCCAAGAAACGAUCAAAUUCAUCAGCUACGCAGUCACCCCAAUGAUUUCGGGCUAUGGAUUGACCGAGACUUCCGCGAUGGGUGCCAUUCAAGACCCAUUGGCUUGGGAUCCCCAUGCGCUAGGCGACAUUCCAGGAUCGAUCGAGAUCAAACUGGUUGACUUUCCCGACGCUGGUUACUACUCAACCAACAAACCUCCUCAGGGUGAGAUAUGGAUCCGUGGGCCUUCCGUGACUGAAGGAUACUGGGACAACGAGCAGGAAACCAAGGAAGCCAUUACAGAGGAUGGAUGGUUCAAGACCGGUGACAUUGGAGAGUUCAAUGCCAAUGGCCAUCUGAAAAUCGUUGACCGCAAGAAGAACCUCGUCAAGACAUUGAACGGUGAAUACAUUGCGCUUGAGAAAUUGGAGUCAGCCUAUCGGACUGCCCCAGUCGUUGGAAAUAUCUGCGUUUUUGCGGCACAAGACAAAGCCAAGCCUAUUGCUAUCAUUGUGCCAGUCGAGGCUGCUCUGCAAAAGAUUGCUGCUGCCAAUGGCAUCAAGGGAGAGAGUACGGAAGAGAUGGUUCAUGACAAGAAGCUUAACCGCAUCGUUUUGAACGAGAUGCUGAAGGCAGGCCGUCAAGCAGGGCUGUCUGGAAUCGAGCUCAUCGAUGGAUUGGUCAUGGCAGACGAAGAAUGGACACCUCAGAAUGGCCUCAUCUCUCCGGCGCAAAAAGUUCAACGAAAGAAGAUCGAAGCCAAGUAUGCGAAAGAGAUCAAGACCGCCUACGGAAGCCAGUGA